CAGAAUUUUUACCUUGGACACAAUAUAUACGAAUGGGAGUUUACAGGUAGAAACAAGUGAUGGAAAGUUUGUAGUAAACUGGGAGCUUCAAGAUGGCGGCAGUGAGCAUCAAGACUGAGCCAAUGGGCACGUCGCCCCUUGAAAUAAACACUGGCGUCAAUGCCAUGGAUGAUGACAAAGAAAAGUCCUUUGCUUUCCAGCAGAGCUUGCUCCUGAAGAAGGCACGUGCCAAAGAAACUCAUGAUGUUGGUGCAAGCAUACAAAAUCUGAUGGAGUACCGAGAAGCCCCGUCCAGUCCCGGGGCCUCAAGUGUCCACUCCCUCAACAUGGACAACAUGGAUCCUACAACCCCAGACUCGCCUCCUCCUAUACCUCCUCAGGAAAUGGAUGAUGAACGUCUCCCCAAUGAACUCCUCGAUGAGAUAUGUGAGGAUAUUGGAAUGAAGGAGGGCAUGGAGCUCGAUUUUGUGGAGUUUCUCAUGGAACAAGACAUGGUGGACCCACAGGUGUACAUGACACCGGAAGCCAUUCGUAAUACACUGGCCUCCACAGCAUGUACAUCAGUGUCACAAUCAGGCGUUCUGUCCACACCAAAGACUGAGAUUGUGAAUAACCGUACAUGUGGAAGUCCCAACACCACAUAUUCUCAAGCAUCAACCACAAACUGUACAGUGGCGACCUCCAGUGGGUCAAAUAGCCCUGCAGCAAAACGCUUCCAUGCAUCAACAUCUGGACCAACAAGCCCAGUGAGAGUCAAUGCACCAUUAAUGCCAUCGGAAAUGUUCAAAGCACCACAGACUCCCCCUACCCCAAGAAGGCCGUCCUCCCAGAGCAUUGCAUCACCUAGUAUUUCUAGCACCCAGGGACCUCAGCAUUCCCCUCUACCCCCACGCAGCGUGUCCCCUCAAACUACACAGAACGCAGUGCCAUCCUCACCUUCACAGAAACAACCACCAUCCUAUAGUCAGAGUAUGUCACAGAACAGCAUGUACACCCAGUCAGGCAUUCCCCAAAUGAUGCCCCAGAAGGGAAGCGUACCUCCAGGUGCACAAAGGCAGGGUGGGGUACCCCAUAACUACCAGCGUUUGGGCCGUCCUGCCCCGCCAAACGUCAAUGUUCAAAAUAUGCAGACCCCACAUAGCACAUAUCAACAACAGAAGUGGAAUAUGUGCAACUCUUCUGCAGGUCCAAUGAAUAACCCAGCCUGUUCUAUGGGUAACAUGGGACGACCUGGAUACCCUCCACAGACACAACAGUAUGGCAGAUCUCUUGAAUCUCCACUUGAUCAGGGAUAUUUCUCUGGAGACACAGCUAGUGUCCGUAGCUAUGGUUCUUCUUCUGUAUCAUCAACUGUGCCAUCUUCUGUACCGCCCUCUGUGGCUAAUGAUGUGCAGAAUUCUAUGCAUCUUCGACAGGGUCCCCCAAAUCAGGGACCUGGCUGUGGUCAAAAAAGUGUUCAUUUCGCAGAUCUACCCGGUGAUCAAAAUGUGCCUCCAUUGCAACGACAGCGUUCCAAUGAUAGUAUGGGAUAUGGUCCAGGAUAUGAUCCCAAUGUUUCUUCAGACUGUGAUGUAGAAAACGAAUUUAGAGACCCUAACCAUAGGGGAGCCAUGAACUCCAAUAAGAUUUUACCUCGUCUUACACCUAGCAUGAAAUCUGAAAUUGCACCAUAUACUGUUCCUGGUGUGAACGGACAGGUAGCUAUGAGUCCGUACAGAUAUGAUGGUCGUAGUAACAGCCGUCCCAACAGUGGUGAUAACCCUAUGGCACCUAUGCAACAGUUUGAGUUCCCUCCUCAGCACAAGACUGGUGACAUGUGUGGUGUGGACAAUAACCAGAACUCCAUGCAUCUCAAUAAUUUCAAUAAUUCUGUGAAUAAUAGUAUGAAUAAUUCUUUAAAUAAUAAUGUGAACAAUGCUAUGCAACAACCAAAUGGUGAAAUUCCUGAUCCGGAUUUCCGUGUGUCAUGUUCUGGAGGCGCACCUAUUGGGAUGCAGCCUCUCUCUCACUUUGAUGGGAGUCAAGGCCAGUAUGGUAUGCAACAACAAUCUAACCUGCCUGGACGUGGUCAGAUGUAUCCAAAUUCUUUACAAGAGACAGAUCAUUACAAACUUACUGCUAAUAUGGCAAAUCCAAACAUGGAAAAUUACUGUGAUAAUGGGUUCAGAACCUCCCAAGGACAAAACAUGAACUCCAGUUGUGGCAUGAUGAAUCAGGGUACUCCUAAAAUAAUGAGUGGGCCCCAGGUAAGCUCCAAUCAAGGGACACCACAAGGGAUGAUUGGUCAGCAGCAGGGACAAGGUUUCCAGCGGCAAAACUUCAUGUCAGGGGUACCGUGUGGCAAUAAUGCACCACGACCUCUACACAUGAAUGCCAUGACCUCCAGUGCUCAGAUGAUGCCGCCAAAUCAAAGUGGUAUCCCACCAGAAUACAGUCGGUUACAGGGUGUCCCUGACAACAAUAAUCCCAUGUACCAGAACUCUCAGCCACAACUUAGUCAGGCUAACAUGGGACCUGGAACAGGGAACAACCCAGUAUGGGCAGGUGCCACACCACAGACCCCACAACCUCAUAUGGGCGUCCAUCCUAAGGUGCCCCAACAACAACAGCAACACCCAGGCAUGGGUGGUAUGCCUAUCCCUGGUACUCCAGGAAACCAAAACCCCAUGCAGGGUGGGGCCAUGCCUCAGUGUACAACACCAAACUGUCAAAGUUGUAAAACUGGGUCCCCGCAUCGCCCACCGAUGCUCGCUUCACAACAGACUUUUAUUCAGCAUCUCAUCACAGACAGAUCUAAUGCGUUUAGAUCUCAUCCACUGUUCCCAUUACUCCGAGAUCUCAUCAUCGCAGACAUGAACUUUAAUUCUCCUUCUUUUCCAUACCAACUCAUUAGUAACUUGCCUGCAGAAUUUGACAAAUUAUUACAAAACUUCCUUCAUCGUAAUCCUCCGUCCGGAAAUUAUCAAACAAACUUUUCUGUGGAAAGUGUUGUCAUGGAUGCUCUCAAAUAUGCUCACACGUGCCUUAUAGAAAAAAUCCGAAGUCGCCAAGAACAAGAUAAGCACACGAAGAGUACGUCCAAAUCCCUGAGUGCUAUUGAGGAGUUUUGUGAGAAGUUCGACCGGUCUGUACGCAAUACCAUCAUCAAGCCUGCGACAUUCCAAGUGCCAAACCAUACAACUGGUGUCACAUCAACAAGCAUGACAGGCCAGCCGAUGGAUGGGGGUAUGACUCCAACCAUGGGUACCCCACAGAAAGGCCUUAAUGAUAUGAUGCUCCAUGGGGAUAUAUUCUCAUCACCAGCAGCCAAGAAAGGUUUAGAUCUGGUGGGGAUGGCUUCGCCCCAGUUCAAGUCUCUCAGGGACUUAUCAGACUGUAAUGACAAUGGGAGCAUGGUUAGCAGCAGUAGCCAACACUCUAUUAAGUCGGAGUCCAAGAAACACCCCAGUCUUCCAAAAGAGGCUGUGGCUAUCAUGUUGGACUGGCUUCGACAACACAAAGACAACCCUUACCCUAAUGAUGAUGAGAAAGCAAUGUUGAUCAAACAGACAGGGUUGACAAUCAACCAGAUCAACUAUUGGUUCACCAAUGCACGACGUAGAAUUCUCCCGAAAUGGGCCCAGCAGUGUAAAUAGCACUAGGAAACAAGUUUUAACUGAGCAUAAUAGUACUACUACUUGUACCAAAGUCUAGACAAUGACGUAGGAAAAGGUCUCUUUCCUUCUCCUGAAAAUAAGACUCCCCAGUCAGUACCUUCCCUGUAGCAACUGUAGGAGACACAGUGGGAAUGGAGCAAACCCUUACAUGGGUGGUUUAGCCAUGUACACGGGUCAUCUGAACAAGGUCAUAUAGUUGUUGUGCUACUGAUUGACAGAGGAGAACAGUGAUACAGAAUGGGACAAGAAGAAAUGAACACUGUACUGUCAUUGACAUGUGUCACCAAUCUAGUGCUGGCUAUCAUUGGCCAUCAAGUGAAUCAAGCCCCAGCAGAUCAGAAUUUUCUCUGUCAGUUGGGAAGGAGACAUAGAUAACUGUUACAAACAUGCGACCAAACACCAACGCUGCAUGAUUAACCACAGAAAAUGUUUCUAAUGGUAUCGCAAACCAAAGUGUGUGAUAUAUAUUUGUGUGUUCAGCACAAAACGUGUGUGAUAAGUCUCACAAAAUGUAUAUACCAGUUAGAUAUAUGUUGCCAGUCAAAAUCAAUAAUCUCACACAAUAAUGGAAGUGUGUUCCUAAUAUGUUUUAACUUAUCUUAAUGUAUUUGACAAGAAAUGGAAGUUUUCCAUGACGAUUUGUCAAGUUUUCAGGGUUAGUGCUUGUAUUUUAUUUUGUUGUUCAGACAUAAGAUGUCUUGUUUAUGGAUGAACUGGAAACAACAAAUUGAGAAAUUUAAUAAGAAAAUAAUAACUCUUUGUCACAUUGAUAGAUGCAUUUUGAUAAGACUAUUUAUAUCGUGUGGGAGUGAGUGAAGAAGUGAGUGAACACAUACUAUGCAUUUUUUAAAGAAAUAUCAACUAGGUAGUGAUUUUAUUGUUAUCAAUUAAAGUAAAAUAUGACUUUGAAUGUCCAAGAGAGAAAGGACUCUAAUGAAAUAUGAGAACUUUAAUCACGUUUUUGUGGACUAGGGGAAAUAACUCCAUGAAAUAAUAUAAUUUGCUCGUGAUUUUAUUUUAUGUUUUAAUCACUUUUUUAAACAUUAUCA